AAUAUACAGACAGUACGAACAGUGCGAAACAAUAUUCGUUCGUUACCUGGCGUAUUUGAAUUAAGAAUAUCAUUUAUUACAUUAUAUUACCUUGAUAUAAUAAAAUUCUGAAUACGUUGUAACCAGACGAGAUAUAGUGAUAAGGAUUGAUACUUUGCACCGACUGGAAAUAUAUAGUACCACAUAUAAACGCAGAUUUCCAAGAUAUUUAUCAUGUAACAUUCAUAUUUUAUACUGUUGGCAUAGUUAAUAGAAAUGGCACCGAAAGAAGAGACAGAAACACCGGCGGAAUUCGAGGAAGUGUUAAAUCGUGAAGUGGGACAAUUUGGCAGAUUUCAACUGAUAAAUUUGCUGCUGCUUGCGUUGCCGGCAAUUUCUUCCGGAUUCCUCGCUGGUGAUUACAAUUUCACCGCAGCCAGGCUGCCGCAUCGGUGUGCAAUACCAGAGUGUGAUGGCGAAUCUCCUAUAUACGAUCCCGACUGGAUUCUCAAUGCAGUGCCGAAGACUGAUACCGGAUUUGCCGACUGCACAAGGUUUGCGCCGAUAAAUGCAUCGCUUAUCAACAACGACACGUGCCCUGCUCAGAUAUUUGAUAAGAAGACAGUUGUUAACUGUGACGGAUUUGUUUAUGGAAGAACCAAUUCUGUAGUAUACGAUUUUGGCAUCGAAUGUCAGGAGUGGAUUCGUACUUUAUCAAUCACAUUGAACAGUGUCGGAGCGAUGGUUGCCCUUCCUUUAGCAGGUUUCGUGUCAGACUAUUUCGGCCGUCGCAUUUCCAUAGUUUUCUUUGCGUUUAAUAUAGUAAUCAUAGGUAUUCUUAAGGCAUAUUCUGUAAAUUACGUUAUGUAUCUUGUUACACAGUUUGCGCAUACAGCGUUCGGUGGUGGAAUCUUCAGUGCGGCGUAUAUCUUGGCUGCAGAAAUCGUAGGGCCUAAAUAUCGUGUGGCUGCUGGUUGUAUGAUGUCGUCCGUGUUUACUUUAGGUUUAGGGUUAGUUGGCGCUAUCGCAUCUCUUGUAGAGAACUGGCGUCAUCUGACACUGACAUACUUUGUACCAGUAUCAAUUGUAUUCUCAUAUUAUUGGAUCGUGUGUGAGAGCCACCGAUGGCUAUUGAGUAAACAUAAGACUGAAGAAGCACAAGUUGCGCUGGAUCGUGCAGCACGGUUCAAUGGGCGUAAGAUAAAUGAUCAAUCGAUGAAGUUCUUACUAACCGCGAUACCUCGUAAUAAUAACAAUGCAGUAAACGAAAAUCUCGUACUUCGGGUUAUUAAAUCCCCGGUUAUGCUUAAAAGAUGUUGUACCACACCUAUUUACUGGAUAGCGACAACAUUUAUCUACUAUGGAAUGACAAUUAACUCUGUCAGUUUAUCUGGUAAUAUUUAUUUGAACUACGUGUUAGUAGCUUUGGUCGAGAUACCAGGCUUUUGGACGGCAUAUCUGGUGUUAGACAAAUUCGGUCGUAAGGUGACAUUGGUGAUAGGAUAUGUAAUAUGUGCAGUGUGUUGUUUUGCAUUUGCCUUCACGCCACAGUCAUUUUAUGUUUUAUCAUUAAUUUUAUAUCUGUUAGGUAAAUACUGUACCGGCCUUGUAAUGACGUCCCUUUAUUUGUUCACAUCAGAACUGUAUCCGACUAGACAUAGGCAUUCGUUCCUUGGUUUUUCUUCGAUGUUAGGCCGUAUCGGUACUGUUAUUGCGUCUUUUACACCGCCUUUGAUGGACUACUGGUCUGGAAUACCAUCGGUGAUGUUUGGUGUGAUGAGUACAUUGGCAGGUCUUUUGGUAUUAACACAACCAGAAACGUUCGGUAAAAGAGUUCCUGAUACAUUCGAGGAUGCUGAGAUGCUUGGAAAGAUAUGAAACAAUGUUUUGAAUGUUUUAAUAUUGUUUUGAUCAUAUUGAUCUUAUUGUAAAAUAAGUUUUAUGAAAUAGAAAUGAAGUGUGAAGUUGUAUUUUGUAUUGAAAUAAAUAAUUAGUACAAUUAUGUAAUUUAUUAUCAAGCUAUAGUAAUCGCCAAUCUAAAAACAAUUGUGGGUUAUUCGAAGAUAAUAAGAGGGCAGGGCGAACUAAGCUGUCCAAAACUACUGUUACAUAAAAUAGUUCUUAAAGGGAGGUACACUUAACGCAAUAUUUAGGCUUUUU